GUGAAUCCAAGCUGCCAGCACACGCUGCUGCCAAGUUGCAGGAUGGUGCACRUAGCCAGGCCACUGUUGCUGCUCCUCGCCUUCUUCCUUCGCGCGGAUGCUGAGACACCUCCAAGGUUUACACGAACGCCGGUUGAUCAGACRGGGGUCUCUGGCGGAGUUGCAUCUUUCAUUUGCCAAGCUACAGGAGACCCAAGACCUAAAAUUGUCUGGAACAAAAAAGGAAAGAAAGUCAGCAAUCAGAGAUUUGAGGUAAUAGAGUUUGACGAUGGAUCUGGAUCAGUUCUCAGAAUACAACCCUUACGGACUCCUCGGGAUGAGGCCGUUUACGAAUGUGUGGCCUCGAAUAAAGUGGAUGAAAUCAUUGUCUCCACCAGGCUCACAGUUUUGCGUGAGGACCAAAUUCCCAGGGGCUUUCCUACCAUUGACAUGGGCCCGCAGCUGAAGGUGGUGGAGCGUACACGCACUGCCACCAUGCUCUGUGCAGCCAGUGGUAAUCCGGAUCCAGAAAUCACUUGGUUCAAAGAUUUCUUACCUGUCGACACAAGCAACAACAAUGGUCGUAUUAAGCAGUUACGAUCAGAAUCCAUUGGUGGUACACCAAUAAGAGGAGCCCUUCAGAUCGAACAGAGCGAAGAAUCUGACCAAGGAAAAUAUGAGUGUGUUGCCACCAACAGCGCGGGCACUCGCUAUUCUGCCCCUGCCAAUUUAUAUGUCAGAGAGCUGCGAGAAGUUCGCCGUGUCCCACCAAGAUUCUCUAUCCCACCCACUAAUCAUGAAAUCAUGCCAGGUGGAAGUGUUAAUAUCACCUGUGUGGCAGUGGGGUCACCAAUGCCUUACGUGAAGUGGAUGUUGGGGGCAGAAGAUCUGACACCUGAAGAUGAUAUGCCAAUAGGAAGAAAUGUCCUAGAACUGAAUGAUGUCAGACAGUCAGCAAAUUACACCUGUGUUGCUAUGUCCACACUGGGUGUCAUUGAAGCAAUAGCACAGAUCACUGUCAAAGCCUUACCCAAACCUCCAGGAACUCCAGUAGUGACGGAGAGCACAGCCACGAGCAUCACACUGACGUGGGACUCUGGGAACCCUGAGCCUGUCUCUUACUACAUCAUUCAGCAUAAACCUAAAAAUUCUGAGGAACCUUACAAAGAAAUUGAUGGGGUAGCAACCACACGCUACAGUGUUGCUGGACUAAGUCCCUACUCGGAUUAUGAAUUCAGGGUUGUUGCUGUCAAUAACAUUGGGCGUGGACCUCCCAGUGAGCCUGUGCUAACACAGACCUCAGAGCAAGCACCAUCCAGUGCCCCAAGGGAUGUACAGGCACGGAUGUUGAGCUCAACCACCAUUUUGGUGCAGUGGAAGGAACCUGAGGAGCCAAAUGGACAGAUCCAAGGGUACAGAGUUUAUUACACAAUGGAUCCUACUCAGCAUGUCAACAACUGGAUGAAACACAAUGUAGCUGACAGCCAAAUCACUACUAUUGGCAACUUAGUGCCCCAGAAAACAUACUCUGUCAAAGUCCUGGCUUUUACCUCAAUUGGAGAUGGUCCUCUUUCAAGCGACAUACAAGUCAUCACUCAGACAGGAGUACCAGGGCAGCCACUGAACUUCAAAGCAGAACCUGAGUCUGAAACAAGCAUUUUGCUGUCCUGGACACCUCCACGUUCUGAUACCAUYGCCAGCUAUGAACUGGUCUACAAGGAUGGAGAGCACGGUGAGGAGCAACGAAUUACCAUCGAGCCAGGGACAUCAUACAGGCUACAGGGGUUGAGACCAAACAGCCUGUACUACUUCCGUCUGUCUGCACGCUCUCCUCAAGGCCUUGGUGCUUCGACGGCUGAAAUAUCAGCCAGAACCAUGCAAUCAAUGUUUGCAAAAAAUUUUCAUGUCAAAGCAGUAAUGAAGACUUCAGUAUUGCUGUCUUGGGAGAUUCCAGAGAAUUAUAAUUCCGCCAUGCCUUUCAAAAUUCUUUAUGACGAUGGGAAAAUGGUAGAAGAAGUGGAUGGCCGAGCCACACAGAAGUUAAUUGUCAACCUGAAGCCUGAGAAGUCAUACUCCUUCGUGCUAACGAAUCGUGGAAACAGYGCUGGUGGGCUGCAGCACAGGGUAACAGCGAAGACUGCACCAGAUGUGCUCCGCACCAAGCCUGCAUUCAUCGGCAAGACCAACCUGGACGGCAUGAUUACGGUGCAAUUGCCUGAAGUUCCUGCAAAUGAAAAUAUAAAAGGUUACUACAUAAUAAUUGUGCCUUUGAAGAAAUCUCGUGGGAAAUUUAUCAAGCCAUGGGAGAGUCCAGAUGAAAUGGAAUUAGAUGAGCUGCUUAAGGAGAUAUCUAGGAAACGCAGAAGCAUCCGCUACGGGAGAGAAGUUGAAUUAAAGCCAUAUAUUGCCGCUCACUUUGAUGUCCUUCCCACUGAGUUCACCCUGGGGGAUGACAAACAUUAUGGCGGAUUUACAAACAAGCAGCUCCAAAGUGGUCAAGAAUAUGUCUUCUUCGUGUUAGCAGUGAUGGAGCAUGCAGAGUCUAAGAUGUAUGCAACCAGCCCCUACUCUGACCCUGUUGUGUCGAUGGAUCUGGAUCCACAGCCCAUCACAGAUGAAGAAGAAGGCUUGAUCUGGGUCGUAGGUCCUGUCCUUGCAGUAGUCUUUAUCAUCUGCAUUGUCAUUGCUAUUCUUCUUUAUAAAAGCAGUAAGCCUGACAGGAAGAGGGCAGAGUCUGAAUCUAGAAAGAGCAGCAUACCGAACAGUAAGGAGGUCCCUUCACACCAUCCAACAGACCCAGUAGAACUGAGACGCCUUAACUUUCAAACACCAGGUAUGGCUAGCCAUCCUCCAAUACCUAUCUUGGAACUUGCAGAUCACAUUGAAAGGUUGAAAGCAAAUGACAACUUGAAGUUUUCCCAGGAAUAUGAGUCAAUUGAUCCUGGCCAGCAGUUCACAUGGGAACAUUCAAACUUGGAAGUAAACAAACCAAAGAAUAGAUAUGCAAAUGUAAUUGCAUAUGAUCAUUCCCGUGUUCUCCUAUCAGCAAUAGAAGGCAUCCCAGGAAGUGACUAUGUGAAUGCCAACUACAUAGAUGGCUAUAGGAAGCAAAACGCCUACAUCGCCACACAGGGAUCCCUUCCUGAAACAUUUGGGGACUUUUGGCGAAUGAUAUGGGAGCAGCGGAGUGCCACCGUUGUCAUGAUGACAAAGCUAGAAGAAAGAUCCAGGGUGAAGUGUGACCAGUAUUGGCCCAGCAGAGGCACAGAAACCCAUGGACUGGUGCAGGUGACACUGCUCGAUACCGUGGAGCUGGCCACGUACUGUGUUAGAACAUUUGCACUUUACAAGAACGGUUCCAGCGAGAAGAGAGAAGUGAGACAAUUCCAGUUCACCGCCUGGCCAGAUCACGGUGUUCCGGAGCACCCCACACCUUUUCUAGCUUUCUUACGGAGAGUCAAAACCUGUAACCCUCCUGAUGCAGGUCCGAUGGUUGUGCACUGCAGUGCGGGAGUUGGCCGGACUGGUUGUUUCAUCGUAAUAGAUGCCAUGUUAGAAAGAAUAAAGCAUGAAAAAACUGUAGAUAUUUAUGGCCAUGUAACUUUAAUGAGAGCCCAGAGGAAUUACAUGGUUCAAACAGAGGACCAGUACAUCUUUAUCCACGAUGCACUGUUGGAAGCAGUGACUUGUGGAAAUACCGAAGUGCCAGCCAGAAACUUGUAUGCCUACAUCCAGAAGCUGACACAAAUAGAAACAGGCGAGAAUGUCACAGGCAUGGAACUCGAGUUCAAGCGUCUAGCCAGCUCAAAAGCUCACACCUCAAGAUUCAUCAGUGCCAAUCUUCCAUGUAAUAAAUUCAAAAAUCGCCUUGUUAAUAUUAUGCCAUAUGAAUCCACAAGGGUAUGUCUGCAGCCUAUCCGAGGAGUAGAAGGAUCUGAUUACAUCAAUGCCAGUUUUAUUGAUGGAUACAGACAACAGAAAGCUUACAUUGCUACCCAGGGACCCUUGGCAGAGACCACUGAAGACUUCUGGCGGAUGCUAUGGGAACACAAUUCCACCAUUGUUGUGAUGCUCACCAAGUUACGUGAAAUGGGCAGGGAGAAAUGCCACCAAUACUGGCCAGCAGAACGAUCUGCAAGAUACCAGUAUUUUGUUGUAGAUCCCAUGGCUGAGUACAACAUGCCACAGUAUAUCCUAAGAGAAUUCAAGGUCACAGAUGCCAGGGACGGCCAGUCCCGAACAGUGAGGCAGUUCCAGUUCACUGACUGGCCAGAGCAAGGAGUGCCAAAGUCUGGAGAAGGAUUUAUUGACUUCAUUGGCCAAGUCCAUAAAACAAAAGAACAGUUUGGCCAAGAUGGACCCAUUUCAGUCCAUUGCAGUGCGGGCGUUGGAAGAACUGGUGUCUUCAUAACUUUGAGCAUUGUUUUGGAAAGAAUGAGAUAUGAAGGCGUUGUAGAUAUCUUCCAGACCGUCAAAAUGUUAAGAACACAACGGCCAGCCAUGGUACAGACAGAGGAUCAGUACCAGUUUUGCUACCGAGCCGCACUAGAGUACCUGGGCAGCUUUGAUCACUAUGCAACGUAGAAACCCCUGACCCUUUCAGGAUUUUUACUACAGGCCCUUCGCUAUCCAUGGAGUCUCUUCUGAGCCAUACAGGGCACUUGAGAAGUCCUUCUUAACUUCUAGCUAACAACCACUUAGUGGGACUAUUACACACAAAACAAAUUAAAAACAAACUAUUCCAGGUGGACCAAGAAUUCACAGUUUAAUAAUCUAACCCGAAAAAUAAUAAAUGAGAAUCCUGACUCAUGAGGCAUCUGAAGGAUUUUAUUUACAGAUACCUCAAGGAUUCAAAAUAAAAGGGAAGAAGAAAUCACAGCAAAGAACCACCAUCUCGUUCAGAUUGCUUGAUAGGUACAGAGUGAAAUUGCCAGAGUGCUACAGUUCAGCGUGAGAUGUUUGCUGGCGUGGCUUCUCACGAUUUAGACGGACUCUGCUUCGACAUCACCCCUUCCCACCAUGCCACUCGUAACAGCAUCUUAGGGGUGAGGGUGGGGAUGUUUAAAAAGAAAGUCCUUGAUUUAGUUUUUUAGUAUUGUAAAGAUACUGCUGACCUGUGCUUCAUUUCUAACUGUGUAAACUUUUUUUUAACAAAAUGUAUCAUUCGAUAAAGUGAAUUUUAAAAAAGUUACAUAACUCCUCAUUUUUUUAUUUCCAAAUUGUAGGUUUUUUUAAGCUGUCAAACUGUUAUCUGUGAUAUCUUG